AUGUCAUUCAACUUGCAAUCUACUCCAAAUUAUUGGUGUGAUGAUCAUCAACAACAACAACAAUCAAAUAAUAAUAUUUUAUACGAGGAUAUUUGUGAAUUAAAUCAUGAAAAUAUUAAUUUAUUUAAUAAUCAGCAACAACAGAAAGAUCAACUUCAACAUCAAGAUCCAGAUCAACAUCAACAUCAACACCAACAAUCAUUUCCUUAUUUAAAUACAGAAUCAAUCAAUAACGACCUUUAUUCUAAUAAUUUCAAUAAUAACUACGGAACUAAUCUUUAUUAUGAAAAUAAUUUAAAUCAACAAUAUCAACAUCAACAACCACAACCACAACCACAACCACGACCAUUUGUCAGUCAUCAUUCUUCUUCAGAAUCUUCUCCAAAUGCUAAAGUUGAUCUACAACAUUCUUUGAUGUCACCUGAAACCUCUGAAGCUUCUGCUCAUCAUUUAGCUGAUGAUACAGUCAAUAAUAAAACUAAAAUCGGUGGUAGAAAAGUAUCAAAUGUUAAAAAUAAAAAGCAAUUAUUAGAUGAACAAGAUGCUAUAUUAAUGUCAAAAGAUGAUUCAGAAUUAAAUGAAGAAGAAUUACAAUUGAAAAGGAAAGCUCAAAAUCGAACAGCUCAACGAGCAUUUAGAGAACGUAAGGAAACUAAAUUAAAAGAGUUGGAAGCAAAGUUGUUAAAAAGUGAGGAGGAAAGACAAAAGUUGAUGGAUCAAUUAGAAAUCAUCCGAAAACAAAAUCUUUCAAUAUCAUCGGAAAAUGAAGUAUUACGAAGUGACCCAAAUAAUUUAGCUUCUUUGGCUAUGAAUAAUCACCAUAAUAAUCGUAUUAAUAAAUUUACAUUUCCAAAAACUCAAGAUGAUUUUAUAAAAGGAGUUAUAGAAGGUACAAAUCAUCAGUAUAAUAAUGAAGAAAAUAAAAAUAAAAUUUAUGACGAUAAGGAAGGUAAUAAAUUAUUAGCGUUAGGUGCUGUAUGGGAUUAUUUACAAAUUAAAGUAGAAGAAUUUGAUCUAGAUUUUAAUUCGAUAGAUAUAAAAGAAGUUAUGAAUAAAUUGAAAGGUAGUGAAAAAUGUCAUGGAUGGGGUCCAGCUUAUGAUAAAACAUUGGUUGAUCAAGCUAUACAAAGUUGUUUAAGUAGUAUUUAA